GAAAAUGAAAGUGAAAUCUGCUGAGUGUUGUGUCAAAACAUAACCAAGUGCAAAGAUUAUCAGCAUAAGUAAAUAGCUUCAGACGAGCAGAGGAGCACAGGCUGGCGUUUUGCUCUCACACUCGAUCUGAGACAGAGCUGUUGAACUGUACUAAAGAGGAUCAACUGAACGGGACUUCAAGUGCUUCUUCUUGCUGGUGUUUCUUUUUGGGUUCAGCAAUCAGCACAAUGGUGAUCCUCAUUGCACUGGACGCCACCAACAAGCGCAGGAGCACAUUCAGGCUUCGCCAGAAGAUCUCUAAGCGAAGCACACGGAAGCAGAAGUGAGCCUAAACCACAAGCCACAAAAAUACAGCUGAAAGGAAGCCAAAGAGCUAAGAGAGAAGUCGUCAGUGACGUCUGCUAAGAAGUCAGGCCGAACAAGAGAGCCUGCAGGUUGGUUCCCACAGCACCUGUCUCCUUGGGGUCUAGGGACCAUGGUCAGAUUGUUUAGUCCCCUCUGUUGGGAUUCAGGAGAGAAAGCAGGUCUCUUCGAGGAGGGCGCUACCGUGGUCUUGAGGAGCUAGUGUGGAAACUAGAAUGGGUCUGUUGAAGCAGAGAACUGGGGCGUGCCAGCUGUAUUGGAGCAUGCUCCUCCUGGCUGCAGGGUCCUUUUUCUUGUUGCUCUAUGCCCUGAUGUGGGAAGCUGGGAACAUCAUCAACCUUCCCCACAAAAGAAUCGGCUUCUACAACUUCUGCCUGUGGAACCAGACGUCUGGAGAGCUGCAGUGCCUAGAAUUCAAGGACCUGAUGGACAUGGGGGUUGACCAAUUUGAGCUAGUGCUGGCAAGGGUCUGUGUAUAUACUGUCCAGGUCCUCUGUAGCUUCUCCCCCUUUUUAAUCAUGCAGGCCCAAUAUGCGAACACCAGAGAGGCCUGGGAAGUGACACUUGUGGUGCUGGGCCUCUCAGCUGCUCUUCUGGCUGGUGGCCUGGGCUUGUUUCUGUUCCAGGCCUGGGUUUGCAUUCAACUCUCUGAACUCAGUGGGGGUUUCAUGGCACUAGCUGGGGCUCAGGCCCUGCUGCUGCUCCAGCUUUUUGCUGCUGCAAUGUACCUCACGUGCUUCAAGGAGGUUCUUGAAAAGGGCAACCCUUCCCCUGAGGAGCAGCCCCUAGCCUUCCAGGUCUGAAGGCAGAGAGGGAGGAAGUUGCAGUGCUAGCCUGUGAGCACUUACCAAUCAAGUUUUUAUAAUCAUCUGCUAGACAGACUAUAUAGCCAGCUCUUGUAUACAGCCUUGGGCCAAAACGCUAUUCUAUGUCUAAAUUUGUCAGGCAGGUCACAGGGCCGUCCUUAGGAUUUAUAGGGUCCAACGCAGUAUUAUUAAACUGGUGCCCCUAUGCUCGACGGCAGCUUGGGCUUGCAGCUCCGGGGGCGGCGGGGGGAGAGACGAGGCAGCAAAGAAUACUGAGCCACUCAGCCUGCCUCACAGCGGCGGAGAGUUCCCUGCAGAGAUCCCUGUAUCCUCUCCCUCACACAGAAUGGGCCGCGCCGGUGCCUUCAGCUCUGUGAAUACGACCACUGCUUAAAGAGACUGCAGUGCGCACUGGGUGUGCGGGAGCCGACCAGCUCUUACCUGCUCUCAUGGACGGUGGGUGGAGCUGCAGUUUGGGGAGGCUAGCUCCGCAGCCCACCUGUGGCCCUGCCCAUACUCCACCCCUGCUCUGCCCUGGGCCCUGCCCCCGCUCUGCCCAGACCCUGCCCUCUCCCCCCCUCCUCUCUUCCCUUCCCCAG